AUGAAAGUCUUUAUGAUAACUUUAUUCUUCUCUGCACUUUCCUGCACAAUCUGCCAAUCUUUGGAUGAAACCAGGGCUGGAAUAACAAGACAGUUUUUCGAUAUCAAUCCAGACGGAUCAUAUGUGUACGCUUUUCAAACGGAAAAUCAAAUAUUCGCUGAGGAACAAGGAUAUUUGAAGGAAGGAAAAUAUCAAGUUAAAGAAGGCCAAUAUGUCAGCAAUCUUGAUGGACAAAUAAUCAGACUGGUGUAUACUGCUGAUGAGAAUGGAUUUCAUCCACAAGGAGCACAUCUUCCAGUAGGAUAG